CUCAGAUGCUGCUGGUUAUUCUGGCUGGAGUUUGCUCUUUUGUUUGGUCUUCCUUUGAUUGGCACCAUUUCUUUUAGGUUAGAAGCUCUCCAACAUUCUAAAAAUGCCUAUAAUCCAAUCUUUUGGCCCACUGGAGAUGUACAUUGACAAGGAGGAAGGUGUUGCCCUGCAAGCUGAUAAUGGAAACUACUGGAGCUGCAUUUCUUAUGACUCAGAAAAUAAAAACAUGUACAUUGAAGCUGCAAAAGAGCACAAAGACAGCUGGUGCAAAUUUCAUGUGAGCAAAACUUCAGAUGAGAAGAUCCUUAUGCAAGACAAGAGAGGAAUGUAUCUGAGUAGAUACGAUGAAGGUGACAUGCAGUAUAUUCGACCACUGAAGUCCUCCCCUGAUGAUAACUGCAAGUUCAGUGUUUUUACAGAUGAUGCAAAGAUCCUCCUCAGAGCUGACAAUAGAAAGUAUUUGAGUAGAAUAGCUAGAGACCAUGACUAUAUAGAGGCUGCAAAAGAAGGGCCUGAUGAGACUUGCAAAUUUGCAGUAAGCAUUGGGGAUAUAGUUACACCCACUUUUCAGAUCCUCAAUGUGGAAGUGAGAGACUCCUCGGAUCUUCCAAAGGUGCCCACUGCUGUGGCAGUACAAAGCUACUCCAACAACACUAGUGUUGCUCAGAGCCACACAUUCAAACUGUCUUGGGAGGUCAAGAACACGGAGACUACCACCUGGACCCAUGCUUGGGGUUUCUCUUCAUCAUUGUCCUUUCAAUUCCUACUUUUAGGUACAGAGGUCACAAUUUCUUAUAAUGGGUCAGUUGGGACAACGUCCACUACAGAGAAGACCUCCACAGUUGCUCAAGAGACCACAGUAACCAUCCCUCCAGGCAAAAAGGUGGAUUGUAAAUUAAUGGUGAUUAAAGAUGAUAAUGCCAUCGUUCACUUUAAAGCUACAAUUAAGAAAACCAGUCCCAACAGAGUAGAUACCAUCUUCACUGAAGAAGGGACCUGGAAUGGGGUGUGUUAUACAAAUGUCCAUAUUUUUGCAUCGGAAGAAGAAAUUUAGGAAGACCACUUUAUAGGUUUACAUUCACAUGUUUGGAAAUCGGAUAUUCAUACAGUCUAAGAUUGAGUCUUUGUCUUGACAAAUUCCUCGCUCUUCACUGUUGUCAAUGCUAUUAAUGACCACUUUUUCAAUCCUUCUGUGAAAUGUAAAUUGUCCUUGAAUAAUUAUUAAAUUUGAGCAUUUGGAAAAGUU